GGGAGGGUGAGAUGGUUUAAAAUGUCUAAACUAUCUGCUAGAUCACCAUAAACCUUUUCAUCAACAGAGCCAGAGGUUGGAGGUGAAGCGUGAUUUGAGAAUCAUGUCCCAGAACAGUUUGAAUGAAAACUGCAUCCAUGUGGAUAAUCUCAUAAAGCGAUACUAUCUGCCGGUCAUGUACAGCUUCAUCUUUAUCGUGGGUACGGUGGGGAACAUCACAGCUCUGGUGGUGUACGUGUUUAAAGUACGGCCCUGGACCAACACGACCAUCAUCAUGGUAAAUCUUCUCGUCAGUGACCUUCUACUUAUGGUCUGCCUGCCCUUCUUAGUUUACUAUUAUACCCUCAAUGAAACCUGGACACUAGGACUUCAAAUGUGUCACUUCACGCGCUUCAUCUUUCAUUUUAACUUAUACGGCAGCAUCCUCUUCCUCACCUGUCUGUCCAUCUUCCGGUAUGUGGUAGUUGUUCGUAUAUCGCAAAAGCAGAACAUUAAGAAGAAGCGCUGGGGUGUGCUGGCCUGUGUGUUGGUCUGGGUUGUUGUAGUGGCCAUGAUAUCUCCAGCGUUUAACAAGUUUGAAUUAAAACUCGAAAACAACAAAACCGUAUGUGCGGACCUCGCCAGCACUAACAAAGACUUCGCCUGGCCGUAUAGCUGGGUGCUGACUGUAGUGGGAUAUCUAUCGCCUCUAAUCGUGGUCUGUUUGUGUUACUGGCGUAUCAUGAGAACGUUAGGGAAGGGUCCUCAUACAGGUAGUGAGAAACGAAUGAAGGCAAGAAGAGUUAUUGUGUUGAUAUUGACCUGCUUUAUUGUGUGUUUCUUGCCUUUUCACGUACUACGAGCUUUGAGAAUUUACACAAGGAUCAUGCCGAAUGUCACCUGCAUGUUGGACCACGGUACGCAAGCUGCAUAUGUGAUAUCAAGACCGAUCGCUGUUCUUAACACAGUUUUUAACAUGAUGUUGUACACAUUGUCUGGGGAUUCCUUUAAACAGGCCUUCAUGGAUUUCUUUAGGUGUAAACAGCUCAUGGAAAAGAAUAAAGAGAUUUUUAAGGUGGCUGUGAUCAGCAAACCCUCAUCCGACUUGUGUGAAAUAAGUGAAAUUACAUGUUCUGCAAAAACACAAUGAACACAAAUCCCAACAGUUAUAUUUCUAAAGUUUAAAGAAAUAAUCGCAUGUAUUGUUCAAUCGUUUGUUGUGCAAAGCCAACAGUUAUAUUUGUAAAGCUGAAAGAAAUAAUCACAUGUAUUUUAAAAUUUUUCAUGUGCAAAGCCAACAGUUAUAUUUGUAAAGUUUACAGAAAUAAUCGCAUGUAUUUUUAAAUCGUUUCAUGUGCAAAGCCAACAGUUAUAUUUGUAAAGUUUACAGAAAUAAUCGCAUGUAUUUUUAAAUCGUUUCAUGUGCAAAGCCAACAGUUAAUUUUACAGAAAUAAUAACAUGUAUUUUGUUUAAAAUUUAAGGCUUGAUUAAAGCUUUGUAAAUAGUUAACACAAAAAUGCAUGACACAACUGUGUAUAAAACUACACCAUAAAAUAAACAAAUUGUGUGUUUGUUUAAAACUAUACAGUGACCUUACUGAGUCCAUCUCCAAUGAAGAACUAACUUGUUAGUCAAAUCAGAAAAACAGUUCAUGAAUGCAAGCUUCCUGUUUCCUAUGCCAUAGUCUCAUGUGAAUCUGUUGUUUAGUGAAGUUAGUAACAGAAAAGGAAGAAGUUAUUUGUCAUAAAUAAAAAUUUGCAAGCCAAAUGCUUGUUGUAAAGUCUAUUUUGUUCUCAAACUGUUGGUAAAUAUGGAAG